GUCGUUGGACUUAUUAUGGGGAAUCGUUCAACAAAAAGCAAGAACAGAAGUAUCUCUAAUUCACCUACAGACAAUCAGAGCAUCAUCAUGGUGAACUGCUGUGGUCUCGUCUCUGAAAAAAAUGAACCAGUUCCUCUGAAGAGCAUCUCGGUGGAGCUGCAGGUCCGGGAUCACGUGGCCUCCGUCCGCUCUUGUCUGCAGUAUGUGAAUGAGGAGGAGCGUCCUCUGGAGGCCGUGUUCGUCUUCCCGCUGCCCGCCGACGCCGCCGUCUGCCACUUCAGCGCCAGGAUCGGAGAGCAGGAGAUUGUGGCCGAGGUGCAGGACAGACAGAGCGCGCGGGAUCAGUAUGAUGAUGCUGUGAGCUCGGGGCAGCAGGCGUUUCUGCUGGAAGAGAGCGAGGAGAGUUCAGAUGUGUUCAAACUGAGUGUGGGCUGUUUGUCUCCGGGUCAGAAUGCCUCCAUCACCAUCGUCUACAUCAUCGAGCUCAGCGUCCAGGCCGAUCACGCGCUGCGCUUCUGUCUGCCGGCUGUACUCAACCCACGAUACACACCAGCAGCUUCAGCGGCUGGAGUUCCAGAAGUUUCCUCAGCAUCAGUUAUUCCUUACACUCUGUCUCUGAGUGUUGAAGUGAGAUCUUCAGACCGAAUCUCCAGACUUGAGUCCAGCAUCCCCCUGAAUCCCCCGAAGCUCAACAAACCCCAACACACUCAUGCAUCGGUGAAUCUGAGUCCUGGUCACCGGUUCGAUAAGGAUGUGGAGCUGUUUCUGUAUUAUGAGAAUUCCCAUCAGCCCUCUGCUGAAGUCGAGGCAGCAGCACCUGCGGCUCCGUCAGGGUCUCUGAUGGGCGACCCGGCGCUCAUGAUCAGUCUGUACCCAGAGUUCCCUGCGGACGUGAUGUCAUCACUGGCGUCUCAAGGCGAGUUCAUUUUUGUGGUUGACAGAUCAGGCAGUAUGGACUGCAGGAUGCAUCAUGGGAACGACGCACAGAUGCGCAUCGAAAGUGCAAGAGACACGCUGCUGCUGCUGCUGAAGAGUUUGCCCAUGGGAUGCUAUUUCAACAUCUACGGAUUCGGAUCUCACUUUGAGUCCUUCUUUCCUCAGAGUGUUGUGUACAGCGAGGACACGAUGGAAGAGGCUCUGAAGAGAGUGAAGAGCAUGAGUGCAGACAUGGGCGGCACAGAGAUCCUUCAGCCUCUGAAACACAUCUACAGUCAGCCCUGUUACCCAGAUCACCCUCGACAGGUAUUUAUUUUCACUGAUGGAGAGGUGUGGAACACUAAGGAGGUGCUGGAUCUGGUGAAGAGUCAUGUUUACUCUCACAGGUGCUUCUCCUUCGGGAUCGGCGAGGGUGCGAGUACGGCUCUCAUCACAGGAAUGGCCAGAGAAGGUUCUGGUCACGCUCAGUUCAUCACUGGCACUGACCGCAUGCAGCCCAAAGUGAUGCAGUCGCUCAGGUUUGCUCUCCAGCCGGCCGUGGAUAAUAUCUCUGUGGACUGGACUGUUCCUGAAGGCGUGACGGUGGACAUGCUGUCCCCACCCAUCAAUGCUCUGUUCCAGGGUCAGAGGGCACUCAUCUACGCUCAGAUUAAAGGACAGAGUUCAGGAAAGACAGAAGGAGCUGUAACUGUGAAAUACAGGCUGAAAGAUCAACCGGUGACUAACCAGCUUCAGUUUACUCUUAAACCAACGGAAGACACAGGGCUGACGAUCCACCAGCUGGCGGCCCGGUCUGUGAUCCGCUCUCUGGAGCAGGAGGAACGAGCCGGAGGAGCAGACACAGAGAACAUCAGGAAAAGGAUUGUGGAGCUCAGCGUUCAGGCCGGAGUGAGCAGUGCUCAUACAGCCUUCAUCGGUGUCAAUAAAGACAGCAAACAGACUGUGAAAGGACCGCUGCUGCAGAGGAGCGUGCCAGUAGCACGUAUGUUUCAGAUGUCUGCAAUGCGAUGUGCCCCUAUGAGAAUGUGCGCAAAUUCACAUGACACAUUGAGAAGUGCUAUAGUGUUUAAAAGAAAAAAAUGUUCCGCGGCAAUGGCUCCCCAAAUGGCAUUUUGUUCUGCAAUGCCAAUGGCUCCCCAAAUGGCAUUUGAUUCUCCAGUGUCAUGUUCCAUGCCAUCGUCCAACAUGAUGAUUGAAUGUGAUGACAUGUCAUAUCAGGAUGAAGCUGAGCCCCAGAAGGACCCUUUGCUCCAACUGGUCUCUCUUCAGAAGGCCGCAGGAUUCUGGGAGCUUAACGCCUCAUUGGCUGCUGUGUUUGGGAAGACAGAGGACCAGGUGACCAAUCAGAAAGCAGCACAGGUGGACGUGUCAGUGUGGGCCACCAUCCUCGCUCUCAUCUGGUUAUAUGCGUUUAAAUCAGAUCAGCAGGAUGAGUGGCAGUUUGUGGCCAUGAAGGCGGCGUCAUGGAUCCGCUCUCAGAAACUGGACGGCCUGUCUCAGUGUGUGUGUGAUGGGAACGCUCUGUUGGGAUGUCAGGUGACUGAAGACGCGCUGGGAAUCUGAAGACUGCAAAUCCUGUGUUCUGAGAAGACAAAAUAUCUCCUAAACAUUUGUGUUGUUUCUGCUAUAAGAUAUGAACAGUUUUUGAAAAGAAUGACAUUUUGUAAAAGUAGCAGAGGGAUUAUUUGUUAAUGUAAGCUUCAGGACCUGUCCUAAAAUUCAUGUAUUUCAUGCAAUUUUUCAGAUUUGAUCCAUUACUUCGAAUUUAAUGUUUGAAAUGUUAAAACAGAUAAAAAGCAAUAACAUAAAUAUAAAUAAAGCAAA